ACUCCCCUUCUUCCCGCAGCAAAGGGGUGGCACAGACCAGUCAGCACAGUGGAGCCCUGCCGUGGUUUCUGUGUUGCAGGCUUCCUGAGUGUCCAGUGCUUGAGGGAGCACCAGGCCUGGCUGGCGCCUAUGCGGCUGUACACACUCUCCAAGCGCCACUUCGUCCUCGUGUUUGUUGUCUUCUUCAUCUGUUUUGGCCUCACCGUCUUCAUCGGGAUCAAAGGGCCGAAAGUGAUCCAGACUUCAGAAGCUCAUUUUUCACUAAAUAAUAGCAAAAAGCUAAAGCCAAUUCACAUACGUUCAAAUCCACUGUCCGCAUACAAUCAGCAGCUAUGGCUGACGUGUGUUGUUGAGUUGAAUCAGUCAAAAGAAACGUCUCUUCAGAGAAGCUUUCUCAUGACUGUUAAAGUUGAUGGUGUAGCUCAAGAUGGAACCACCAUGUUCAUUCAUAACAAAGUUCACAGUCGGACAAGGACCCUCACAUGUGCAGGGAAGUGUGCAGAAAUUGUUGUGGCUCACCUCGGCUACUUGAAUUACACUCAGUACACAGUGACUGUGGGAUUUGAACACCUAGAGCUACCCAUCAAGGAAGUGAACUUCACCUGGAAGACUUACAACCCUGCAUUUUCCCAGUUGGAAAUUUGGUUCCGGUUCAUCUUUGUGGUGCUUACCUUCAUUGUCACUUGCCUGUUUGCGCAUUCCCUCCGCAAGUUCUCCAUGAGGGACUGGGGCAUGGAGCACAAGUGGAUGUACAUCCUUUUGCCUCUGCUGCUGCUAUACAAUGAUCUGUUCUUCCCGCUCUCCUUUCUGGUGAAAAGCUGGGCUCUGGGCAUGCUGGACGACCUCUUCCAGUCCGUGUUCCUGUGCGCCUUGCUGCUUUUCUGGCUGUGUGUGUACCAUGGGAUACGGGUUCAGGGAGAAAGGAAGUGUUCAACUUUCUAUUUGCCUAAAUUCUGCAUUGUUGGACUCUUGUGGUUGGCUUCUGUUACACUGGGAAUAUGGCAGACAGUUAAUGAACUACAUGAUCCAAUGUACCAGUAUCGAGUUGACACAGGAAAUUUUCAGGGAAUGAAGGUUUUCUUCAUGGUGGUGGCUGCUGUGUAUAUUUUAUACCUUUUGUUCCUGAUAGUGCGGGCCUGUUCCGAGCUGCAACACAUGCCUUAUGUAGAUCUCAGGUUAAAAUUUUUGACUGCAUUGACUUUUGUAGUGCUUGUCAUUAGCAUCGUCAUCCUUUAUUUACGGUUCGGAGCACAAGUAUUACAAGACAAUUUUGUAGCUGAACUGUCAACUCACUACCAGAAUUCAGCUGAAUUCUUAUCUUUCUAUGGCUUGCUGAACUUUUACCUCUACACGCUGGCCUUCGUGUAUUCUCCAUCGAAGACCGCCCUGUAUGAGUCCCAGCUGAAAGACAACCCUGCCUUCUCCAUGCUCAAUGACUCCGACGAUGACGUCAUCUAUGGGAGUGACUAUGAAGAAAUGCCCCUGCAGAACGGCCAGGCCAUUCGGGCCCAGUACAAGGAGGAGUCUGAGAGCGACUGAGCUCCGGGUGCGCCAGCGGGAUAUCGGAGCCCGUCCUGCAGUGGCCGCCCUGCCCUCUUCGUACCUGCCCUCCCCAUGCCUGCCUGUGUUCAGACUUGUCUUAUAAACAGAGAUUUCUGGGUCCUUAUCUGUUUACAUAGUUUUGAAAGGAGAACCAAAACUGAGGACAAAUUUUAACAUUGGGCCACAUUUAUUGUUAGACUGGCUGCAUUUAUUUGGGAAGAGAGGCACUGACACACAGCCAAAUUCUUUUUCAGAGAUUUCGGAUGAGAUAGCUUAUCUUCAGUGGUAGGGAGGAACUUACUCCUGUUCUUAGUAGAGAGAAUUAUGUACUUAUUUAAAAAAUAAUUACUAAUGCCGAGCUCAGUGGGAAGCCCUUACGGAGAAGGUCCACUGCCAGGUAACAUUCCUUUCCUCCUCUGCCCCACCGUACCGGUUUUUUGACCCUUUAAUUCCCAGGGAUGCCUGAUUUCAAGGCUGCCUCUUGAGGCAGUCCCUCCCAUUGAGCAGCCUGUGCUCUGGGUGACCAAGCAUUUUAGGUGACCGGCAGCUCCUAUUGAUGGAAAUGCGGAAUUAAUGGCUUGUGAGGGAAAUGUGGGUGGGCAAGUUCUAGUCCUUCACCCACAAAGCAGAACUGUGCCAUAGAAUUCUGAGGAGGGUUUGAUAAGGUUUCUGAGGAAAGGGUGAGAUAACUGACAAGUUGUGGCUCCAGUGGGAAAGGUCUGGCUGUCAUACGGUUUUCCAAGGGUGCAUGUACACGUGUGUGCAUGUGUGUGUGUGUGAUGCAUAUGAAUGGAUGUCCCUGUGGUUGGGUGGGGAAGAGGGUAUCAUUAAAUUCCAAUAAGCAGUAGUUUCUGUAGCUCUGCUACUGAUGACACUCAGUAGAGCUUUAUUUUUUUUUUUAAAUAAGCUAACAAAUGAUUGAUAUGUUACAGAUUCUUUACUCCCGAAAAGUUUUUCAGUUUCUUAUUUGGAAACUAGAUGAAAGAAAGUAAAGCAUUUUGGAUGGUUUAUGGAAGAGCAUCUUUGGGUAGAAGGUAACUUGUUAGGAAUGUCUCACUUGGUGAUCAGGUAAGCAGGUCAGUCGCUCUGUGAGAAAGAGGUGUCUGGAGCUGCCAAGUGUGGCACCGCAGAAGGCCCGGGGCCUGCCACGGCUGCUGUCAGACUCAGCUCUCUAGUAGAGACACCUUUGCCUCUGCUCUGACGUGCUCUAUAAUGUCUCUCUUGAACUGUUAACAUGGCUGUGGCAGACAUCCUGAUGGUGCUGUCUUGGAAAAUGCAGAGGUUAGGAUGUGAUUGUUCCACACUGCAAACAGUUCCUGCGUUUCCUUCUGUGCGUUAACUCUCAUCACCAUCCACAGCUGAACAGCUCCACUCCAUGUGUGGGGGCCUGCUAAAUGGGCAGAUUGUAAGACAUGUCACAUGUGUGGGACUGCAUAGGGACUGCUUAUCAUGACUUCAUACCUUCUUUUUAAUUUAAGCAUCAGUGAUAACAUACCUUUAAUAUGGAUUCCAUUUAUAUGUUUUUAAAAUCCUGUAAAUAUGAAUGUUUGAGUAAAAACAACUGUAUUACUGCAAGGGUAAUUCAAGUUUACAUGGUUUUUUAUAUUUGCAAUGGUGUGAUCGCAUUUUUUGAUCCUGUGUGCUCAGACGUGUUGAAAAGUUUUAUUACCAAACUUUACAAGCUUUAUUAAGACUAACUAUAAUUUUAUGUAAAUUGAUGAAAACUUGUGCUGAUUGUCUUCUAGUAUGUGAUAUAGUUUACAUUUUAAUCAUUAUCAAAUAAUCAUCCAAAAUUUGGAAUGCUGUUAUUAGUAAGUGUAAAUGUUGGAGACAUUCAGUCGUACAACUUAGAACUGUUAAAAACUUGUCUUUGUCCUGUAGUGUAAUUAUAAACUGAUGACUGGUAUAUUCAUAUAUUGAUUUGUCAUGGCCAAGUCAAGGAAAUGAACGACAUGGGCAUAUUUAUUUACUUUGUGUAACUAAGUUGGAAACAAAAAAAUUACUAAAAGUAUUUAAGGGGGAAAUGGUCACUAAAUCAUGCAUUUUCAAUUUCUCUUCCUGGUGUAUCAUAUAUAUCAACAUAUUACAUACUCCAUGUAAAAUUUGCUUAAAGUAUGUUAGCAUGUACUAUAUGUGCCCUAGGUGUUAGGUUAAAACACAAGUCUGCCAGAAACUUUAGACAGUAGCAAGAAAUUUUUUUUUUCUUGGAGAGCAUCAAAGUUUUGCGAACAUAAAUUAUAAAUUCAAAGGGCUAACUUUAGUUCUUCCAUGGUAAUGGCUUGAAUAACAUCAUCUUUGGGAUAGUUUUUAUACUGGUCUAGUCAAGGGCAACCUGGCAGAUGACCAUAGGCAUUUUGGUUUCCUUGGGGAGAGCUUCACUAUCCGUGGGGGUAACAGUUCUGCUUAAUUUAUUAUUAAAUCAUUACUGCAGUGACAUGGUGCGGUUCUCUCUCUCCAGCCCCAUUUGAAAAGCUAGAGAAGGGGAUAUAUAAACUAUAUUCAAGAUCGUUCCUGUACAGAAUUAGAUUGCAGUACGUUCAGAUACAUUAUGUACACCCAGCCUGCUAAAUGGGCAGAUUAUAAGACACAUGUCACCAGCCUCAAGUAUUUUGUGAAGCAUUUACUAAAGGUGUAGUUCUGUCACAUCGGCCACGUGGUUACUUCCUGGAAUCCUUUUCAUAGGGAAGCGCAGACUCUGGUAGAAGGGAUGAUUAAAGGAUGUCUUGUGAAGACGACUUAAAACACUAAAGUAUGUAUUUUGAGGGUUUUAGAAACUAGUUGCCUUAGAGGGGCCAAAGGGACAUUGCUUUAGUCUGUGACAUCCUGUUGUCAUUUACCUUGACUGCACGUUUCAGGUACACUGGUAACUAUUGCACCGUACUAUGAGGCAGGACUUUCUGCUACUGAGAACUGCCUUUACAGGAGACUGUAAAUCGCUGUAAAGUAAAACAAACUGAAGUUUAAGCUCAAAGGGAUAGAGCUGUGUCCGUGAGCAUAGUAAACCCAAUCACAGUGAGCACUGUAAUAAUUAAAAGUGAAUAAAUGUUUGUUUAUGGCAAA